AGUGUCUGUUUUGAGGCCAAACUCCAUACGAGUCCACAAUGGUUUCCCUCUCCUCAUCUUCCUUCCUCUUCUCUUUUUUCCGUACAUUUACACAAGCCUUUUCUUCUUCUUGACUCAUUUCAUUGCACAUAAUUCCCUCUUUAUUUCAUAUUCCUCUCCCCUCUCUCUCUUUAUGUUAUCCUCUUUCACAUCUUGACCCGCUUUUCAAGAAUACAUAUAUAUAUAUCAAUUACUUACCCAUCCAAAUCCAGAAGAAAUCAACACAAACCUACUUGCAGGGGUGUGCAUCGUACGGUUCAAUUCGAUUCUAUGUAUUAUUGAUUCGAUUUAUUCUUUUUCAUUUUUUAAAUCUAUUAUCCAACCUCUUCUCCGUAACAACCUCUUCUUCUUCUCUCUUAUUCUUUUCUUUUUCCCCCCUCAAAUUUACAUAAAUCGUUUCUUUUUCUUUUGACUCAUUUCAUUGCACACGAUUCCCUCUUUAUCCCAAAUUCCUUUUUCCUUCUCUUUCUCUGUUUCUGUUGUUCUCUUUCAUAUUCCUAUAUGUAUUCAUUCCUAUAUUAUAGCUCAUACUUUUACCCAUCCAAACCCAAAAAUAGUUCUACACAAACCUAGUUUCUUGUUUUGUAUAGCCGCCACAUUUUACGGUCUUUGAGAAUGAAUGCAUUUCUUCUUCUCCAUGUAGUUUUACUGCAAAUUUAACCAGCCAUUAAUCAAUCAAUCAAUAUGGACAAGCACCGGAGAUGGACAUAUUCCAUUACCAAGCUUGUUUUCUGGGCAACCAUUUUUGCAGGUACCCUUCUUUUCUUAUGUUUCCGUUCUUCUCCUCCAUCUCAUUCUGCAACUAUGAAAUGGGGUAGUAGUAAUAAUACCCCACAAUGGGAAAAGCGUGUCAGAUUAUCUGCCCGUUCACGUUCCGGUCAUUUAUCCGUUCUUGUUACCGGCGCCGCCGGUUUCGUUGGGUCUCAUGUCUCCGCCGCACUCAAACGCCGUGGUGAUGGCGUUGUUGGAUUAGAUAAUUUCAACAGCUAUUAUGACCCAUCGUUGAAAAGGGCCCGUCAGAAAUUGUUGGAGCAGAAAGGGGUUUUCGUCAUUGAAGGUGAUAUCAAUGACGAAAAGCUUCUGAAAAAGCUUUUCGACAUUGUUGAAUUUACCCAUGUAAUGCACUUAGCUGCACAGGCCGGCGUUCGUUACGCAAUGAAGAAUCCUGGUUCUUACAUCCAUAGCAACAUUGCAGGCCUCGUUACCCUUUUCGAGGCCUGCAAAUCCGCUAACCCACAACCUUCAAUUGUUUGGGCAUCAUCCAGCUCUGUUUAUGGGCUCAAUUCCAAAGUACCCUUCUCAGAAAAAGAUCAAACGGAUCAACCAGCGAGUCUAUACGCCGCCACAAAGAAAGCCGGUGAAGAAAUUGCACAUACGUACAAUCACAUCUACGGUCUAUCCAUUACAGGGUUAAGAUUCUUCACUGUUUAUGGACCUUGGGGUCGGCCAGAUAUGGCGUAUUUCUUCUUCACAAAGAACAUACUAAAAGGAAACCCCAUUUCAGUAUUUCAAGGUUCAAACAACAAAAGUGUAGCUAGAGAUUUUACCUACAUUGAUGAAAUAGUAAAAGGGUGUUUAGGGGCGUUGGAUACAGCAGAGAAGAGCACAGGAAGUGGUGGAAAGAAGAAGAAGAAUGCACAAUUAAGAGUGUUUAAUUUGGGGAAUACUUCACCAGUUCCAGUAACAAAGCUAGUUAGCAUAUUGGAGAAACUACUCAAGGUAAAGGCUAAAAGAAAUGUGUUGCCAUUGCCAAGAAAUGGAGAUGUGAUGUUUACUCAUGCUAAUAUCAGUUAUGCUCAGAAGGAAUUUGGAUACAAACCCACUACAGAUUUGCAGAUGGGGUUGCAGAAAUUUGUUAAUUGGUAUCUUGAUUACUAUUCAAUAAUUGAAAAGAAGAAUUAUUGAUCAAGUAUAUGGUGUUCCAUGAGACGCUUGUAUAGGCAUUUGAAUUUUUUUAGUCUCUCUUUUUUUCUUGGAUUAGUUGUAUUGAUUACUUGCAGUUAGGCGGAUUUAUUAUGCUAAUGAUCUCACACAUAGUGUUAAUGAGAGGUUCUAUCAAAAUGUGCUUCUAUUGCUCUUUAUAUGAUUGUGCUAUUUGGAGGCAUGUGUAGUUUCAUGAUUUGUUUGUAUAAAUUCUUAAGUCUUUUUGUUCCUUUUGGGAUAAGAAAUUCACUUCUUGGUAGAUGAUAAGUUGUGUCAAUAUACAGUUUGGUCACACUUGAAUUUGGAUUCUUCUCGAU